GGAAAAGAGGGCACCCAGCACUGUCCCCUCCCCCUUUCACUCACCCCAGUAAUCCCCGCCAGACAGGAGCCCUAGAUUUAAUUCUUGGGAAGAGCUUUGUAACCGUGUUUACUAAGUAAACAGGUCUGGCAGGCUCAGGCUGGGGUCUGCAGUUCAGCAUUGAUGGGCCGCUGACAUGAAUUUGGAAGGAAGAAAAAGAAAGGAAGGAAGGGUUUUCUUUAACAAGGUAUAGAUUGUUGUUCAUUUAAUCUUCACAAUAACUCUAUGAGACCACAAAUAGUGUUAAAGAUGAGGAUUCUGGUGGAUCAAGGCUUCCUUUAAGAGGUAAAUAAGCUGAAGGCAUAGCUGCCUUGCUGGUACUUCUUUAAGAAGGAAGUUUGAACGAAGUCCAGUGUACACGCAGAAGUCCACUGAACGAAGGUUACUCCUUCCAGGUUGAGGGUCCUAAGGAAUGGAUAAAUGUGUUUCCAGGCACAGUAUUGUGUGUAGUUACAUGUGACUGUACCUGUGUUUCCCCGGUAAAUAUUCCAUUCCCUGUUUCUCAAAGUACUGUGGGCCAUGAAGGCAGGUCAUCUUCUUUGGGCUUUACUGUUGAUGCACUCCUUGUGGUUUCUACCAACUGAUGGGGCCAUUCGAAACUACUACCUGGGCAUCCAGGAUAUGCAGUGGAACUAUGCUCCCAAAGGAAGAAAUGUCAUCACAAAUCAGACUCUGAACAAUGACACAGUGGCCUCCAGCUUCCUUAAAUCUGGCAAAAGCAGGAUAGGGAGUAGUUACAAGAAGACUGUCUAUAAGGAAUACAGUGAUGGCACAUACACUGAUGAAAUAGCCAAGCCUGCCUGGUUGGGCUUCCUAGGACCACUGUUACAGGCUGAGGUGGGGGAUGUCAUCUUGAUCCACCUGAAGAAUUUUGCCAGCCGACCUUACACCAUUCACCCUCAUGGUGUUUUUUAUGAGAAGGACUCAGAAGGCUCACUCUACCCAGAUGGUUCUUCUGGGUAUCUGAAAGCUGAUGAUUCUGUUCCCCCUGGGGGCAGCCAUGUCUACAACUGGAGUAUUCCAGAAGGUCAUGCACCCACUGAAGCAGACCCAGCAUGCCUCACCUGGAUUUACCACUCUCAUGUAGAUGCUCCACGAGACAUUGCAACUGGUCUCAUUGGACCUCUUAUCACCUGUAAAAGAGGGACCCUGGAUGGUAACUCCCCACCUCAGAGGAAGGAUGUGGACCAUAAUUUCUUCCUCCUCUUCAGUGUGAUAGAUGAGAACCUUAGCUGGCACCUUGAUGACAACAUUGCUACUUACUGCUCAGACCCUGCCUCGGUGGACAAAGAAGAUGGAGCAUUUCAAGACAGCAACAGGAUGCAUGCAAUCAAUGGGUUUGUCUUUGGGAACUUACCAGAGUUGAGCAUGUGUGCACAGAAGCAUGUGGCUUGGCACUUGUUUGGCAUGGGCAAUGAAAUAGACGUCCACACAGCUUUCUUCCAUGGACAGAUGCUGAGUAUCCGCGGACACCGUACUGAUGUUGCAAACAUUUUUCCAGCCACCUUUGUGACUGCUGAGAUGGUGCCCCAGAAGUCUGGAACCUGGCUAAUUAGCUGUGAAGUGAACAGCCACUUGAGAAGUGGCAUGCAGGCCUUCUACAAGGUUGAUUCUUGCUCCAUGGACCCACCUGUGGACCAGCUCACAGGCAAAGUUCGUCAGUACUUCAUUGAAGCCCAUGAGAUUCAAUGGGACUAUGGUCCAAUAGGGUAUGAUGGCAAAACUGGGAAGAGUUUGAGAGAGCCAGGAAGUGGCCCGGAUAAAUACUUCCAGAAGAGCUCUAGUCGAAUUGGAGGUACUUACUGGAAAGUUCGAUAUGAAGCCUUUCAAGAUGAGACAUUCCAGGAAAGGGUACAUCAGGAAGAAGAAACACAUCUUGGAAUACUGGGACCAGUGAUAAGGGCUGAAGUGGGUGACACCAUCAAAGUGGUCUUCUAUAACCGUGCCUCCCAGCCAUUCAGCAUACAGCCUCAUGGCGUCUUUUACGAGAAAAUCUCUGAGGGCACCGUGUACAAUGAUGGCACAUCUUAUCCCAAAGUAGCCAACUCAUUUGAAAAAAUAACAUACUACUGGACAGUUCCUCCCCAUGCUGGUCCCACUGCUCAGGAUCCUGCCUGUCUAACCUGGAUGUACUUCUCUGCUGCAGAUCCCACAAGAGAUACAAAUUCUGGCCUGGUGGGCCCUCUACUGGUGUGCAAGGCUGGGGCCUUGGGUGCAGAUGGCAAACAGAAAGGUGUGGAUAAAGAAUUUUUUCUCCUCUUCACCGUGUUUGAUGAAAAUGAGAGCUGGUACAACAAUGCCAAUCAGGCAGCUGGUAUGUUGGAUUCCCGACUGCUCUCAGAAGAUGUCGAGGGUUUCCAGGACUCCAAUCGAAUGCAUGCUAUUAAUGGAUUUCUGUUCUCUAACCUGCCCAGGCUGGAUAUGUGCAAGGGUGAUACUGUGGCCUGGCACCUGCUUGGCCUGGGCACAGAGACUGACGUACACGGGGUUAUGUUCGAGGGCAACACUGUGCAGCUUCAGGGCAUGAGGAAAGGAGCAGUCAUGCUCUUCCCCCACACUUUUAUGACGGCCAUCAUGCAGCCUGACAAUCCUGGAAUAUUUGAAAUCUACUGCCAAGCAGGCAGCCACCGAGAAGCAGGGAUGCGGGCAAUUUAUAAUGUCUCUCAGUGUUCUAGUCAUCAAGACAGCCCACGCCAACACUACCAAGCCUCAAGAGUCUACUAUAUCAUGGCAGAAGAGGUAGAGUGGGAUUAUUGCCCUGAUAGGAGCUGGGAACUGGAAUGGCAUAACACAUCUGAGAAGGACAGCUAUGGCCAUGUUUUCCUGAGCAAGGAAGAUGGGCUCCUGGGUUCCAAAUAUAAGAAAGCUGUAUUCAGGGAAUACACUGAUGGUACUUUCAGAAUACCUCAGCCAAGGUCUGGACCGGAGGAGCACUUGGGAAUCCUAGGUCCACUUAUCAAAGGCGAGGUUGGUGAUAUCUUGACUGUGGUAUUCAAGAAUAAGGCCAGUCGACCAUAUUCUAUACAUGCCCAUGGAGUUCUAGAAUCUAAUACUGGCGGGCCACAGGCUGCUGACCCUGGUGAAGUACUUAUUUACCAAUGGAACAUCCCAGAAAGAUCUGGUCCUGGUCCUAGUGACUCUGCUUGUGUUUCCUGGAUUUAUUAUUCUGCAGUGGAUCCCAUCAAGGACAUGUAUAGUGGCUUGGUGGGACCCUUAGUCAUCUGCCGAAAUGGUAUCUUGGAACCCAAUGGAAGCCGGAAUGAUAUGGACCGUGAAUUUGCCUUGUUGUUUUUGAUCUUUGAUGAAAACCAAUCUUGGUAUCUGCAAGAGAAUAUUGCAAUAUAUGGACCUCAAGAAGCAAGUCAUGUUAACUUGCAGGAUGCAACUUUCCUGGAGAGCAAUAAAAUGCAUGCUAUCAAUGGGAAACUCUAUGCAAACCUCAGGGGCCUUACUGUAUACCAAGGAGAACGAGUAGCCUGGUACAUGCUAGCCAUGGGCCAAGAUACUGACAUUCACACUGUCCACUUUCAUGCAGAGAGUUUCCUCUAUCAGAAUGGGCACAGUUACAGGGCAGAUGUAGUGGAUCUCUUCCCAGGAACAUUUGAAGUUGUGGAGAUGGUAGCCAGCAACCCUGGGACAUGGCUGAUGCACUGCCACGUGACUGACCAUGUUCAUGCUGGCAUGGAGACCAUCUUUACUGUCUUGUCUCACGAAGAACAUUUCAGUACUAUGACCACCAUUACUAAAGAGAUUGGAAAAGCAGUGAUUCUAAGGGACACUGGAGGAGACAAUGUGAAGAUGCUGGGCAUGAAAAUUCCUGUAAAGGAUGUUGAGAUUCUGUCUUCUGUUUUGAUUGCCAUUUGUGUGCUUCUAUUGCUCAUUGCUCUGGCUCUUGGUGGUGUAGUCUGGUACCAGCAUCGACAAAGAAAGCUUCGGCGCAACAGGAGGUCCAUUCUUGAUGAUAGCUUCAAGCUUCUCUCUCUCAAGCAGUAAUAGCUAAAGCCUGAAGAUAUCUUCCGAAAACACAUCUGGGCCGUAUCCGAUGUUCUCAGAAAGCUGUGUACUAGUAAAAAACUCCUUUGUCAAAGGGAUGGGGGUAGUGGAGAGGCAGAGGAUGGAAUCAGAAUUAUCUGGGCAUUUCCUUAUUUAUUUACAUGGAAUUUAUAUGUUCUCACUUUUUCUUUAAUUCCCAUACAACUUGAGAAUUAGGUAAGUUCCUUUGUAAACAAGUUUCAGCAACUAGCAUAUGCUACCCUUUAGUUCUGCAAAGUAUGGAAAUUCCUAGAAUAUAAUCAUUCUUACAGAAUAGAUACCAAAGAAAAGCUAUCUAAUUAGGUUUCUAAUUCCGGACCUAGAUAGACAAGUACACUUUUAAUUGAGGCCAAAUUAUGAGCCACAAAGGUAACCCAUAACUAAAUAAAAGAAAAAGAACAUAAGCAUGAUGCAAAAUGAGAGGUAGGGUGGGUAGUAGGAUUCUAAAUUUUAUCUUAAUUGUUUUUGACAAUGGACUAUUGGAGAAAUGAAUAAAUAGGUUGUGUUUGUCAUGAGUACCUACAACUUCUAGAAUCAGAAGCACCUGUAAAACAGUCCUUCAUGUUUCUACACAGUGGUACUGAAGAGAAUUUUAAGGGUCCUCUCCAUGUUUGAAAUAGCAAAUCUUGUUCAUUAAAGUACUUAUUAAAAUAUUGGAAUACUGAAUUCGGUGAUUUUGAUGAUUCCUGUGGCUACUUGGAUGUGGUGUUACAGUUUAAACCAAAACAUCUCAGGGAUCUAUGGACGUAUAUUAUAGAUUUAUAUAGCCCUUGUAAAUCCUGGAUACAUGUGUGCUGUCUUAAAGUAAGCAUCCAUGUCAGAGUGGUCACAUCCUAGAAGACAAGUUUGGUGGGUGCUAAAACUUUUUGGAAUGUCAAGAAAAAUGGCCAGAGAAAGUACUGAAACAAGACCCCCUUCCUGUCCACUGAGCAAACCUAGGUAGGAACAUGCAUGGGUGGGCGUGGCCAUAGAGAUAUAAGAAGUAUGUUUGCAGUUUUUAAACCUAUUUAUGAAACAGAAUCAUUCCUUGCUGUACCUUGCAGCAACAUCCCGUUGUUUCCAGCAUGUUUAGAUGUCUCUGAAACUUUGAUCAGGAAGUACAGACAAGAAAACAGAAAUGCGGUAAGAUAGUCCAUUCUCACUAAAAUUUCCACAUGGCAAAUGGAGAACAGAAGGAGCAUCAUGGAGAGUAAUGGUAAUAGCAAUGGGAUGCUGGUGUAGCUCAGUGGUAAAGUGAUGGCUUAAUAUAGGAAAGUCCCUGGGUUGAAAAAAAAGAGCACAAAAGGAAACAAAAUAGAAAACAAGUUAAUAACAGAAACACAUAGUGAUCCUAUACAUAUCAAAGAAUUCUAAUUCUGAUUGUUUUGGAUUUGCUUUGGUUCAUUCAAGUAAAGAUUAUAUUAUUUUACUUAGGGUGACUCAGCUGAAAAUUCAGUUGGAGACUCAAAUUUUCAUCUAUCUGACUCAAAAAACAUUCUAUUCUCCUUCAUCAUGGAAACGUAUACUAUUCUUUGUCUUUCUUACCCACUUGAUUUCAAAUUGUGAGGUUGCCUAGCAACUUAUGUACUUAGUUAGCAACCCGCAGUGUUGGUAUCCAUUUGACAUAAAAUGUUACAGGUCAGAGGCCAGAAAUGAAAACAAAGACCAGAGUAAUGCAUUUUGUUCAUUCAUGGUCAGUGGCUUUCUGAAAAGUUUCUGGAAAUCUACGGAACAUAGAUGUGGAGGAGCAUAUUAAUUACUUGUUAUUCUGUUAUAGAAAUAAUAUGCCUUCUCAUUGAGAAAUCACUCUGUACACUUGGAGAUAAAGUAGAGGCUCUUAAACAAAGUGCACAUGGAUGACUGUGGCUAAUACCCAAAUAAAAGUUUGAAAUAAAUGGAAUAUUUCUAUUAAUCUAUAUACCUUAGGUUUAUGCAUCUUCCAAACACUGUCAUCAUUAAGCCUCUUUCAGUCUUGCUCCAAGGUUACAUUUUAAACAAUUUAAAUAGUUAGGAGACUGAAAAUCUGGCCACUUAGGCAGAUAGGAGAUUUACACAAAGAUAUUGCCAUAAUUGUUUGAAUAGUUGUUAUCCAGAGUCAGUUUGUCCACAUGGCAGAAUUGUGAAGGGGCAAGACAAUAAAGAGGUUCCUCUUCAUAUUUGUGCUGAAGCGGUUUUGGGCUUCACUAGAAUUUGAUCUCCUUGAGGAAAAAGUCUGUAGAAAAUUACUCAGUUCUGUCCUGGGAAUCUGAGGUCAAGGUGUUCUAACUAAUUUAUCUUGGCUUCUAUUAUACUACCUGCUUGUGCAAAUCUUCCUGUCCAGCUAACUGCUUAUAUUAGCUUCUGCUGGACUACUAGAUUGUGUAAAAUUUCUCCCUGAAGCUGCUAGGCAAGAUAGCAGGAUAUAUAUAUAUAUAUAUAUAUAUAUAUAUAUAUAUAUAUAUAUAUAUAACCUUUAAAAGCUCCAUGCUCUAAAUUUGCAGUGCUAUUCUUGGAUCCUGAAUACCUGAGGGUAGUCCCAGGUGGCUGGAAUAAAGACUUUCAAUUGAGUAUAACAGUGUCUGAGUAGUCUUCUCUGGGGAUCCAAGACUGGUCAGUCCUGGUAAAUAUUCACAUGCUAGCAUCCUAAAUAUUACUUCUAUGUAACAGGCCUUAUCUUUGAGAUAUUUUGGAGGUAUUGUUCCUGAGUCUAAGUUUCACUUGUGUGACUUAAUCUCUCCUAAGAAAAUCUUAAUAGAUUUUCGUUUAUAAUAUCAGUUUUUAUCACUUUGAGUUUUUUCUACAACAAUUUAAGUGUUGGUAUUUAAAACUUUGCAAAUUGAUUUAGCAGCAAUACACCCCUCUCCCCUUUGUCAUGUUGUUUAUAUGGAGAUUAAUGAAAAUCUAGUAUAUUCUGGGGAAUCCAGUCAUUUAACCAUAUAACUUACUUAUAACUGAGGAUUCUUAGUAUGGAUAUGUGAGACAAGGAGGUGGAGCUAUAGUAUGAUGCAUUUUAAAGAUUUAUUUUUAAAAUUAUUUUUAAUUAUGAGCAUGUGUGGGUGGGAGAUGGAGGAAGAGCAGUAGUUUCAGAUCCCCUGGAGCUGGAUUUACAGUCACAAGCCACUGAAUAUAGCCUUUGCCAAUUGAGCUCAGGUCUUCUGCAAGAACAGUACUUACUCUUAAUAAUGAGCCAUCUCUGUAGCCAUCUCUGUUCUUGUUAGUAAUUCUGCUUACAAUCAAAAUGGAAUCUUAGACCCUUUGUAUUCUAGAAAAAGAUGGAUAUGUCGAGGUAUUAUGCAAACAAAACAAAAGAAAAACAAAACAAUUUAAAUAGUACUCCUAUCUUGUUUAUUGUUCAAGUCAGAAGUUUCCAAUACCAAAAAAAAAGUGUGUCUUGUUUGCUUUCUCUUCAGAACAUCUUUAAAAUAUUUUACUUUUGACUACUUCAUUGUAUUUAAUAUUAUUGUGUAGUGCAUAGCAACACAAGUAUGUGGCAGUCAGAAAACAAUCUCUCUCCUACUGUAGGUUCUGGGGAGUGAAUUCAACUUCUCAGGCUUGCAUGGCAAGCACCUUUACCCACUGGUUCACUUUUUUUUAAAGUUAUUCUCUCAUACAUUACCCCCAGACUAUACCUUUCCCCUUCUCUCCUCCCACAUAUCAUGCCACUCUUCCUUUGUUUAUCCCCAGAAAAGGGCAGGCCUCCCAGGGAUAUCAGCCAAACAUGCAUGGCAUAUGCAGCUACAACAAGACUAGGUGCCUCCCCUCAUAUUAAGGGUGGAUGAGGCAAUUCAGUAAGAAGACAAGGAUCCUUAGAGCAGACAAAAGCGUCAGAGACAGCCCCUGCACCCAGUGGACCAUUGUGCUAGGCUAAAAAUACCUUUGUUUUUGCAUCUCUGUUUGUUCCCACUUCAGUUAAACUCUCAGCCAUUUGUUUGACAUGUAAUCCCGGUACUGAGAUAUAAAGACCACCAGUACAAGGUCAGCCUAGAAUCCAUAGUGAGUUCCAGACCAGCCUGGGCUGCUGAAUGAAACUGUUUCUCAAAACAAACAGGACAAAAAAAAAGUCACGAUCAUUUGUUGCCUGGACUAUUGUACUCUUUUCCUGCUGUUUAUCUCAGAUCCUCUCUAGACUUAGAAUUGAUUUUUCCACACAGAAAAGUGAGGUUUCAAAAAUAUAAUUAAGCCUCGAGUUUGAACAACAUUGUGUACAUUUAGAUCUCUCUGAAGAUAAGUAGACUCUGGAGAUAAUUGAAGAGGCAACAACAAAAGAAGAAAGGAAAUCAGUAGAUAGGGCAGCAGGGUUGAAAAUAUAAUGUUAGCUUUGCAUCAAAUGAUUCUCUAAUCAGAACAGGCAAGUCACAACAUACUUCCAUUCCCAAAAAAGAAAAACAAAAACAAAAAACCAAACCAAAACUAAACAAAAGAAAACAACAACAACAACAACAACAACAACAACAAACCUCCACCAA